AUGGGCCAGAUACUGAGCUGGAUCCGAGGCCCAAGGGACACUCCGGCCCUGCAGGAUGUGGCCGUGGAGGAGCAGUAUGAACAGUGGAUCUGCGAGCUGCAGCUCUACAGAGGAUGUGAGGAAUGUAGGAAUGCUGCAGUCUGGUGUCACAGCAGACAGAAAACUUUUGGGUGGGUCAUAGUGACGUUUCUCUCUCUUUCUGUCGCUUCCUCCCUGCAGUCGCAGCCCAAUCAGGCAACACCCAAACCGGCAGCUCAGGUCUCCACGGUGAAGCCUGCACAGUUUGAGGUGCAGGUAGAGGUCCCCUCCCCAGCAGUAAAGACUACAGAGGCUGCUGCUGCUGUGGAUCCGUUUGAUGCCCUGGCUAGCAUACUACCUUCGGCGGGUCCUGCGGCCCCCUCACAGCCCGUUUAUACCGGGCCGGAGGUCCAAGAGCAUGGCGUCACCGCUGAGAAGGGGCAGAAGUGUGGAGAAAGAGACGACACUCUGCCUCCAGGCUACAGAUUUGAGGAUAUGCCUCCAGCUCCUGUAGAUGUUAAGCCCAAGGAUGUACCUAAACCACUGAGCACUGAUGAGGCUUUGGAUUCCCUUUCAGCUGGUUUCAGCACAUCCACUGUUCCACCAGCGCCCAAAAAGCAAGAGAAAGUGGUAACUCCUGUGGCCGCUCCCCCUGUGGCUGUGUGUCCUGCGGCUCCAGCUGAUAAAAAGGCAAAGAUGGAGAAAGUUUCAGAUGAUUUCUCACUGGCGGCUGCAAUUCCCUCCACUAAAACAGUUCCUCCUGUUGCUGUGUCUGCUGCUCCCCCUGCUGAUAAAAAGCAAAAGAUGGAGAAAGCUGCUGCUGGAUUCUCACUGGAAGCUGGAUUGGGUACCAAAGUAGACACAAAACCCAAACGUAAUGAGGGUGCCUCCAUGUCUCUGGAUGCUCUCAGUGCUCUUGGUGGCACAUUACCAACAGAUGAACCAAAACCUGAACCACCAGAGCUCAGACCUGAGGACAUUGUUUCAGAGGACAAAUCAAAGAAGAAGAAGGGAGUGCGUGUAGGAGAGAGGGAGGACGCUCUUCCUCCGGAGUACAGGUUUAAAGAAGAAGAUCUCAAAAAGCUUCCAGCUCCAAAACCUGAGCCCUCCAUAGGAACUGGUGAAGCUUUGGAUAUUUUGUCUGGAGACUUUCUGACCUCCUCUGCAGCUCCUGCUGUCCAGGCUCCUGUAGUGUCCUCCUCAGCCGCUCGGGCUCAGAAAGCUCCUGCUCCUCCUGGUGACAAGAAAGCCAAGAAGGUUGUAGCUGUGGAUGAUUUCUCUCUGGAAGCCGGUCUGUCUGCAGCCAGUGCUAAGGGCGACUCCAUCCCUGUAGAUGCUCUCAGUGCUCUUGGUGACACAUUGGCGACCGAUGAGCCAAAACCAGAACCCCCUAAACUCAGACCUGAGGACAUUGUCACGGAGGACAAAUCCAAGAAGGAGAAGGGCGUGCGUGUAGGAGAGAGGGAGGACACUCUUCCUCCGGACUACAGGUUCAAUGCGGAAGAACUCAAAAAGCUGCCGGCUCCUAAACCUGAGGUUAGACGAGGACAGCCCAAAAUUGGAACAGAUGAGGCUAUGGAUAUUUUGUCAGGGGACUUCAUGACCUCCUCUGCAGCUCCGGCUGUUCAGGCCCCUGUUAGAACCCUCCCAGCUCCUCCUGCACAGAAAAAAGCAGAGGAUUUGUCAGCUCUGGACGUCCUCGCUGGAGACUUUGUAGCUUCAACUAAAGCUGCUGGAGUUCAGGCACCCGUCCCCCCUCCAGCCAAAAAGGCCCCAGAGAUAGCAGUUUGCCCACUAGAGGAACAAUGCAAUCUUGAAGCCCUCCCUGCAGAACCAGAACCCACAAAACCCAAAAUUGUGAAGGGCUGCUCUUUGCCUCUGGAUGCUCUCAGCGCUCUUGGUGACACGCUGGCAGCAGAUGAACCCAAACCUGAACCACCAAAACUCAGACCAGAAGAUAUUGUCACUGAGGACAAACACAAAAAGGAGAAGGGUGUGCUGGUUGGUGAGAGGGACGAUACGCUUCCUCCAGAAUAUAAGUUUGAUGAGGAGGCGCUGAAAAAACUGCCUGCUCCAAAACCCCAGCCCGCUAUGGGAACUGGGGAGGCCCUGAACAUUUUGUCUGGAGACUUCCUGACCUCCUCAGCAGCUCCUUCCGUACAGGCCCCCGUCGUCCUCCCCCCAGCUCCUCCCGCACAGCCCUGUGACUUUGCUCUGGAUGCGCUGGCGGGGGAAUUUGCCGCCUCCGCCGCUGCCCCCACCGUGAAGGCUUCCCGCUGCCCCCCAGCAGAGGCUAACCUGCAGCUGCCGGGCGAAGCCGACAAUGCCCUCGAUGCUCUGUCAGACACACUGAGAGAUAUCACGCCUGCUCCCCAGCCUGCUCCGGUUCCCACCAAAGACAUCGUCAAGGAGAAAGAAAUCGUUAAAGAAAAGCUGAUCAAGAUGGGAGAGAGAGACGACUCACUGCCGCCAGAAUACCAACCCACCGAGGAAGACCUCAAGAGUAUGUCGAAAAUGAAGGUCAAAGCAACUGCAACAUCCAAGCAGGAAUCUAUGGAUGAUAAAACAGCCCUGGACCUGCUUUCUGGUGACUUCUCUGCUGCUGCCCAGCCCCCUGCACUGGUCACAUCAUCCACAACAACGCUGGAACCUCCUGCACUCGAUUCAGAGCCUCUCAAGCCAAUGGCUGGUCCUGUGCUGGACUCCCUGGCUGACACACUCCUCCCAGAAGCCUCCAAGUCCAAAACUAAAACAGAAAAGCCUAAGGGCAAGAGCAAGUCAAAGUCGAGGUCUAAAACACAACAUGCUGCUGAGCCUUCCUCCACUGGCCUACCAAAAGCUCCGCUUAGCUCAGAUGUUGUUCCAUCUACAGCGCAGGGAGGCAAGAGCUAG